AUGACUGGCAACUAUGGUCCUGCUGCCGCAGCCGCCGCUGCUGCAGCUGCGGGCAACACGACCGGCCGGACGGUCUACGUUGGUGGUCUUCCAGCCGAUGCCUCGGUCGACGAACUCCUCAACCUCGUCCGUUUCGGCCCAAUCGAGAACGUCCGUCUCCUUCCCGAGCGCUCCUGCGUCUUCAUCUCCUUCCUCGACGGCUCCACCGCCGCCGCCUUCCACGCCGACGCCCAAGUCAAGAAGCUCGCCCUCCACGGCCAAGAGCUCAAGAUUGGAUGGGGCAAGGCCAGUCAACUCGCCCCUACCGUCCAGGUCGCCGUUGCCAAUCAGCAGGCGACGAGGAAUGUCUUUGUGGGUAAUCUGGCGGAUACGACGACGGAGCAGGAUCUGCGGGAUGAGCUGCAGCGGUUCGGACCGAUCGAUCAGGUCAAGAUUGUUAGGGAUAAGAAUAUCGGGUUUGUGCACUUCUUGGGGAUCGCCACGGCUAUGAAGGUCGUCAAAGACCUCCCCCUCCAAGCCGGCUGGACCGACAAGCGCGUUAACUACGGCAAAGACCGCUGCGCAUACGUUCCCAAGGCCCAGCAAGCUGCCGUCCAGAUGGCUCAGCAACAGGCUCUGGCGGCUGUCCACUCGCAACACGCGCAAAUCCCCGGCUCACCAUACGCAUCCUUCACACCCAUGACGCCCUCUUUCAGCAACUUCUCCGCUCCCAAUACGCCAUCCUUCGGAUCACCCGUCUUCCCCAGCAACGGCUUCCCGCCGAUGACGGGCGGAUUUGGCGAUCCGUCCAUGGCCGUCAGCCAGAUGGGGAAUCGGAACGUUUACCUCGGAAACAUACACCCGGAUACGACGACCGAGGAGCUGUGUAACAAUAUCCGAGGGGGACAGCUGCAGCAGCUCAAGCAUAUGCAGGAUAAGAACUGUGCUUUUGUCACCUUCGUCAACGCCGAAAAUGCCAUGAGCUUCUACAACCACGCCAACUCUGUCGGACUCACCAUCAACACGCGCAAGCUCAAGGUCGGAUGGGGCAAACAUUCGGGCAGUCUCCCCUCGGCCCUCCUUCAGGCGAUCCAGAGCGGGGCGAGCCGGAAUGUGUAUAUCGGGAAUAUCCCGGACUUUGAGGUCUUUACGGACGCGAAGCUCAAGGCGGACUUUGCAGAGUAUGGGGAGAUUGAAAUGAUCAACUUCCUCAAGGAGAAGGGGGCUGCUUUUAUCAACUUCAUGAGCAUCCAGUCUGCUCAGAGCGCCAUUGAGGGCGUCAAGCAGAACCCUGACUACUCGGCCCUUCGCAUCUCGUUCGGGAAGGACCGUUGCGCCAACCCGCCACGAGCAAGCACCGGAACCCCGGGCGGUCCAGGCCUCCGCGCCUCCAGUAUGCGCAACGUCUCGGAUAGCACCCCUUCCCCUCACCCUCACCCCGCCAAUGACCCUAUCGCCCAAACCAUCGCUGCGGCCGAAGCCAAAACCAACGCCGCCCUCGCCGCUAGCAUGCAGCCGCCCAUGGCCAUGGCCUCGAGCCCGCCCGCGGCUAAUGGCGGAGGAAGCACUGGGAGUCUGGACGAGGGAGAGAUUGUCGAGGUGGCCGUCAAGGCGGAGGCUUGA